CCAGAGCAGCAGCAGCAGCAGGAGGCGGAGGAAGAAAGAGAAGGGAAGCUGCAGUGUGCGAGAAGCAGCAACAGCGGCGGAAUAAGGCGAAUUUUGGCCUUUCUGCUGCUGCGGCCGCUGCAGGGAGCUGACUGGCUGGCAGUGCCAUGGCCUCGGCUCCCCACAGGCCAAAGGCGAGCCGCAAAGCGCCAAAGGCAGCAAAGGCUGGAGGAGCAAGCGCCCAGCAAUAACUGACCAGCUGCCUCCUUCUCUCUCUCAAGCCUUUUUCAGUCUCUAUCGUCCAGGCCGCCGUCCCUCAGCUUCGGCGGCGCGUGUGUGGAUCUCCGCUCCUCCUCGACGCCUUUUUUUUUUUUGCCCUCAGCGGAGGCGGCACCAUCACCAUGUGGGGGAGGCUCCUCACCGAGUUCGGGCAAAACAGUGACUACAGAUCAGGUAGAGGCCCAGAAUAUUCCUCAUCGGGAUGGUUACCUGGUACUGAUUCACUGUGGCAAGCCACAACUGGUUCAUCAAGCAGUCGAAGUACCCAUAUCAGAAGACACAGCAUAGCUUCUGACAGUGGGGACACUGGCAUCGGAACCUCCUGUUCUGAUAGUGUGGAAGAUCAUUCCACCUCAAGUGGUACUUCAUUGUUUAAGCCCAGCCGUUCAUUGGUCUCAAUUCCCACUGCCCAUGUGAUGCCGUCUAAUUCCAGCUCUUCACUUUCCAAACAUAGGGAACCUCUAAAGUCUGACUGUUCAAAAUGGAGUACGAGCCAUUUGAGGUCCGCUGGUAGCAGGCACCAGGGCUUGCUGGACAGUUCUCUUGACAUGAAGGACUUGAGGCCUGUAAGGAAAUGGUCAUCUUUGUCUAAACUCAGCACAUCCAUUACCUGUGGCCAGGAUGGGGGUGUUUAUUCAGCAGAGUGCAGGGCGAGCAUGGAUAAAAAGGGAAGAGACAAGAAUGUGUCACCACCACAAUUAAGAAUAAAUGGGACAAGCUGCUUGCACAAUAGUAUGGAAUUACUCAAGAUUGAGGACAGAGAAACUGGGAAAAAAAGAAACUCUACUUUGGACUGCAAAUACAAAUUUGAAAGUUGCAGCAAAGAAGACUUGGGUGUUCCUGAUCCUUCAAACAGGAGACAUGCCUUAGACAUGACCUAUAGUGCCUUACCUGAAAGCAAGCCUAUUACAUCAAACUGUGAGGUUUUUCAUCAAGGAUAUAUAACUCUUGGACCACAGACUGUGAGUGGGGUUCCCAUUCAACCCUCUGAGAGGACUCAGAGAUGGCUUACAGAACAAUUUCAUACAAACCCUCCAGAGCCUAGGCUUUCUGAGGAGCCAUACAGUUUUCCUCUUUGGCAGUUACAGCAGUUCGAACAACUUAGAGGAGGAAGUGAACAUCCUGUGCAGGUUCUGAGUGGACCACCACAUCAGAGUUACUCAGCCACAGGCUUUCAGGAUUUUAAUAAUUGGGAAUCCCUCAUGAAAAUCAAAGAAGGGUUGUUACGGCAAAAAGAGGUUGUGAUUGAUCGACAGAACCAGCAAAUUAACCUUUUAUAUCAGAAAAUAAGAGAGAAUGAACUACGAGCUCAGCAAGCAAGGCUUGGGCAUAUUGUGAAUUGUGAAGACCCUUACAUGAGUAGUUUCCAGCAGCCUCAGUAUGAGAACACAACAAUGCAGGCUCAGUUUGCAGAGAGAUCUGUGGCCCACUGUGAAAGGGAGGAGCUGGAACAAAAGCUUGUAGCAGUACAGAGUAAGGAGCUACAACUCAGUGAGUUUCUGAAACAAAUGGCAAACAAAUCCAAUGAAGAUAAAAAGAAGAUGGAAGAGAAGCUUAAAACUAGAGAUAGGUAUAUAAGCAGCCUGAAAAAGAGAUGCCAAAAAGAAUCUGAGCAGAACAAAGAGAAACAGAGAAGAAUUGAAACUCUUGAAAAGUACCUAGCUGAUCUGCCAACGCUUGAUGAUGUCGAAAGUCAAAGUAAACAGCUUCAGAUUCUUGAAGAAAAGAACAAGCAGCUGAAAGCGACUGUCGCUGAGCUAGAAAAGGAUUUUGAAGAGUCCAAAACACAGUGUAAAGAAAAAGAGUUGCAGCUAGUGUGUCAGAAGAAGAAAGAAAAAGAAUUGAUAACUGCAGUACAGAGCCUGCAACAGAAGGUAGAAAAAUGCCUGGAAGAUGGUGUCCGCCUUCCUAUGUUGGAUACAAAACAUCUUCAGAGUGAAAAUGAAAGCCUCAAAGAGAAAAAUGAAAAAGAUAGCAAGGUCAUAGACAAUCAACAGAAUCAGAUUGCUGAGAUGACUUUAGAGAUUCAGUCUAUGCAAGAUAAACUUUUGCAAGGGAAACUGACAAUUCAAAAGCAAAGAAGUGAAUUUGAGGAAAAGGAUAAGAGUAUACAACAGUUACAUAAGACGCUGCUUGAAAACCAAAGAUUAAUGGAAGAAAAUGCAUCUUUAAGGGAACAAAUUCAUCAGAUGGAGCUGUCCACACAGCCAGUGGCUGAAAAACUGCCUGUGGCUGAUCAGUUGUUCAAGGAAAUGUCUCACUGUUUGUUUGACUUGAAAGCACUUUGCAGUAUUCUUACCCACAGAGCUCAGGGCAAGGAGCCCAACCUGUCCUUACUGCUGGGAAUCAGAUCAAUGAGCUGCUCAUCUGAAGAUGAGAAUUUCCACAGCACAGAAACACUCUCAAAGAAACUCUCAGAGGUGUGUCAGUUACGAAAGGAUAUUGAUGAAUUGAGGACUAUAUUAUCAGACUCUUAUGCUCAGGACAUGGGAGAAAGUUGCAUCACACAAUGAUAAAAGGUUUGGCCUCACAGCAACAAUGACUAAGUUAUUAAAUGCUGCUCUGGUUUUAGAUCCUUGUGUUUCUGUUAAGGAACUAUACUGGAAGACACACUCUUCAUGUUAGAUCAAAGGGUUUCAAGCAUUUGCGCAUAUUUUAUGCAGGUGAAGCAGUCAUCAGUUGAAGAGAACAGUACAAGAGAGAUCUGAUUUUUUCAAAACUACUGAAUGUAGGUCAAAGCUGUGAAGAAUGUGUUUCUGUUGAAAUGUUGGAUUUUGUUUCCUCUGUCAUGCCCAUAAAGACAUCCAUAUUGUUUUCUGAAGUCAAAAACAAUUGUCAGAAGAAGGCACUCUAGUUACUGCUGUACCAUUCCCCCCUUCAGCAAAGCUUUCAGGGUGCAUUGUAUUAGAGUGAACACUUUGCUAUCAGCUCUGUUUCUUUGUGACCUGUGCGCAUUAAGCAAGGGUGGCUAACCCCCCAUCCUCACCACCCCCCUUGUAAUUUUUUCUGCCCUACAAAAGACCACAUUGGGUUUUGGCAGCAAUGGCAAAAGGAACAAAAAUUGUGAUGCAAAUUGCUCUCUCCCUGCUCAUCAUAGUGACAUCUGUAUGGACCAGCUAAGGAGAGGUGGUCGUAUUUAUGCCUGUACACAUGUGCUUGCUUGUGUGUGUGUGUGUAUGCGCAGAAGUGUGGGGUUGCCACACCCAUUGCUGGCAUGCAGCCCCCAAAAGGUUGGCAAUGGUGAAUGCAGUCGUCAGACCAAAACAGAUUAGCCACCCCUGGCAUAAAGGCUUGAAAGGAUUUUUAAAAUGAAUGCAAACUAAAGAGCAGGAGCGUAUUGCAUCUUGGUAAUCAAUACCUAAGUAUUCUACAUUUUAAAUUUGUUCCGGAGCUCCCUCCAGCACCCAGGAAGCCUAAAAGACACGUGUUUAUUCAUAUGUUCUGCAAGCAGAAGUACCACUGCUGGAUUUUGCUGUGUCAAAGCAUACACCUCCUGGCAGGCCUACUGUCACUUUAUUCUGACAAUCAGUUAUAUAAAGAAUGCUUUCUUUUAAAAGAGAAGGGAAGAGAUACAAAUGUAUAAAAAGGUACAUUUUGCUUAUUUGCUAUUACAUUUUGCCCUGAUAUGCAGAAAGCUUUAGAUUGGUCUUGCCAACAGUCAUUUUUAAAGUGAGCAAGAGCUUGUAUUGAACAAGUUGCCAUUUUCAGUUAUUUAUGAUAUUAUUUCUACAUUUUUAAAAGCAGAUUUUACAUCGAUUUUUUCACAUUUUGUGUGUUAUAUUUAAGUGUCAUUUGCAUAUAGUUAUACUUCAAAAAAAAAAUUUAGUCAUUUUUCCCCAACAUUUUAUUUAUUUAAAUAGGUGUUUCUUGUUACGUUGUCCUGGCUUCCAUCUGUGGAAAUUUAUUUUAGUAUUUAUCUUAAUUACUGCUCAGUGUUUUUAAAUGGAGAUUUGUAAGUAUUGCAUUGAAACAACUUUGUAAGCAUCCUCGCAACAAAAAACAAGUCGCUUGAAUUUAAAUACUGACCACUGCAAUCCUAGCCACAAUUCCAAGAAAGUAAGUCUAAUGAGGUGGUGCUCAAGUUUAGAAUUGGGCUGUAAUGUAUUUCUAUUCAGACAAGGACUUGAAUAGGGAGAAAUAAUUCUAAUCAAUUUACUUUCACACCAGGAAACAACCAAAAGUGUGGGAGAAGCUUCUUCAGCAUGCUAUGCUGUUGAGAGAUGAGUUUUGUUUUAGAUUUUAACCUUUUCUCCCUCUGUUGCAUCUUCUGUUUGAUACUAUAAUUAUGAUUUCUUUAAAGAUAACUUUGCCACAAAUGUGACUGUGCAGUGUCACUGUAGAGCCAAAAAAGAAUAAUCCACAGACUUAAAACAGUAUACUUUGGGGACAAAGAAAUGGCAAGAAGUCACUUAAUUUCCAUGUUCGCUGCAAAUUAGACAUGAUAGGCUUCUGAGGAAUUGUUUAGGUCCUUUCCUUUCUCGAUUGAUUGCCUUCAUGACUUGUGGAAGAUAAUUCAGUCAAGAAUGGGAACAGUGAAGCUUGGCAAAGCGCUUAGGAAUAAGAGUGUGCCAAAUGUUUGAUCACAAAAUACUUAGGGGGUUGAGGGGUAGAAUGCUCAUGGCUGUCCUGUUUUUAUUUUAUUUUAUCUUUUGCACCCUGUUCACUCUUGCUUCUUUCCUUGAACUACAGCUUUGGUGUCUUUUUUCUUCUUCUUCUUUCUCAGACAAUCACGGACAGUCAGAGCUUACAUAGGCAAUAUGGUAACAUCAAGUCAUCACACAGCCAAUCAGAUUUAGCUAAAUUAUGCCAUCAUGAAGCCAAAUCAGAGUGAAGACCAUGAUUCCUGCCAUCAAUUGAAUAGGCAAACCUUUUCAUAUUGUUUUGCAGGACCCAUUAAAAAUUACCAAAAUAGAGGAGGCAAAGGGUUUUUUUGUGAAAUGUUCUCUGUGACACUCAGCCUUACUCUGGAUUUCUUUGACCUCCUUGUCUGUUAUGUAUGAACAUGUUAUUUCAGUCAAGCCUUUUCCUCCCUGGAAAUUCCUAACUUGUUUCAUUGAACCGUUUAAAUAACAGUUCAUUUUUUUUAAAGAUCAGUGGCAUUGACAAAUAAUUUUACAGCCUGCCCUUGACUUUUUAAGGCUGACACCGAUCUAGAAAUAGAAAGCUUCACAACCAGGAAAUUCUCCAAACAUGCUAUAGAGAAAUUAUUGCUUUUUUAAAAACCUCAUUAAGGGGAAUAAUGAAGUAAUUAUGUAAUGGAAGAAAUUACUCCAUAUGAUAAUUGGUGUAAUUAUUGCAUCUUAAUCUGUAUGUAGUAUUCUUCUGAACCUUGAUAAAACUCAAAACUUGUUCAGCAAUUUUCUAAGAAUAAAGCCAGUUCUCUACAGCACCUUUUGGAGUCUUUCCUUAGACCUUUUCACAUGUCCCCACAUGUUCAGUGAAGGUGUUGAGGGUUGCAGGAUCAUGUCACUGGCCACAAUCCCUAGCAGCUGCAUUCCCUCCCCUUUUUUUGGCAGUAGCACGAAAGGGACGUACACCGGUUCUCAUUUGCCAGAAUUCCUACUCACAUGGAGAAGACCUGCACACAUCUGUACACAAGUAGGCCGCCUUUCCAUUGACGUUGAAUGCACAGUGCACAUGCAAUUCAGCUAUCCCGCCCUUUUCACAUGUGAAGUGUCUGAAGAACGAUCUUGUUUUUCUGUCAGUGUAGCCUACAAAAUAGAUUGUUGGCCAAUGGCUUCUUCAAAGAAGGAAGGGGGCUGCAUUCAGUGGCCACCCCACUCCAAACCGUUGGUUCAUACUGGGUUGUAUCCAACAAAGUCAUCCUGCUCCUCCUCUCCCUCUCUUCUCCCCCCCCAUCUACUUCAGAGGGUUGGGGGGGGAACCCAGAACAAAUUGGGGACAUGCAGGAGGAGAGGGAGGAGAAGAAGUUCCAUUGCAGAGGCAGUUCUUAUGUGAAUGGGAUGAGUUUGUUGGAUACCACCCAGCAUCAGAGCUGAAAAUCUUGCCCAGUUAUUUAGAGCUAUACCAGUUCAUACCCUUGGAUGCUGGAUGUGGAUGACACUGCAAAUAGUAGCCACUCACACACAUGGUCACUAGAAUGUAGAAGGGGAUCUACAUUUGUAAGGAAGCUUCCACUUACUGAUUACAGGCUUAUCUGUUUCAGUCAUAGUUUAAAAAAGAAAGAAGGUGGUAGCUAAAUACAGAAAUGGCAUGGGCAAAAUUUAAGUGAGCCGUAAGGACACAGUAUUAUUUUAUUAGGGUUAACUUUGUGAUGCAAGACCUACUGUUAAGUAGCAAAGAGCCUAUUGGUUUACAAUGCCCUUUAUUUUUAUUUUUUUUAAGUAAGAUAUACAUGGAUAUUUUGGGCAAAAAUAAAUACCUAUUAGUCCCAUUCAACACACUUCAUGUUAAGUUAACCAAUACUAGCUUUUAAAAGAAGUGGUUAACAAUAGCAUUUCUUUGUAGACUGAUUCAGUCAUGACAAUCUUUUUGUCACAGAUAUGAGAGACAAUCCUAAGGGCUGAAAAAAUACUAUGAAUUAAUAAAAACUGCACCGUUUUGUUAGUGAACAUGAAGAAAUUCAUGAAAGUAAUUUUCAUAUUUCAGGUUGUAUUUCUAUAAUUGUGUAGAUGGAAUUUUAUAGUCACUACUGUAAUUUCAGAAUGUAUUUCAAAAAGGAGUGUGGAAUUGUUUUUGUAUGUAACUAAUGCUGUUAUUUAUAUGCCAUAUGAUAUGUAUAGUGUCAUAUGCUAAUGUAGUUCGUUGUGCAAAAUUGACUUUGCCGUCCAAUUGGGCCGCUUGUCUAUGAUCCUAUGCACACUUGGAAGUAAGCCGUAACAGUAAGCAUCUAAUUAGGUAUUCAAUCUUCAGCUUUAAGUGUGUAGUUUUAGAAGCAUAGUAAAUCUGAUUUUUAUUUAAAUAGGUUGCCACAGUCAUCCACCCUGGCUAGAGAUAAUAACAAAAUUAGUUAUAUGAACCAAAGUUAUUUUUCUCUUUUUCAUUACUUUAUGGUUUUCACAAAUGUGGGGAAAAUGGAGAGGAAUUAUUUCUUGCCAGGUUCCAGAAUGAGAGAGAAGAAAUACAAGGCAAAGUGUAUAUCAGUUUUCACUUGCCUAAAACCUAAGCUGGGGCUAAGUUCUUUCAGUCACAGAAAACCGAAUUUGUCACUCAAUAAUGCCGCUGUAAAUCUGCUUAUAUAUUUGGGUAUAGCGCUCUGCAUGAAAGAGAUUUUACACAGUAUUCUGGAUUUCAUUCAAAGUGGAAGGUAAGGUUACUAAUAUGGAAAAAGCCAGUGGAUAUUAAAAAUUAGAUGAACAAAUUAAAUGCAUCAAUAGUCAGUCAGUACUAUUAAUUCGACUUCUGUGUACCUCUGUGCCUUUCAUUUUAGAUUAUGGCUUAACAAUCUCUUAAUUUUUAAAACCGUGAGAGUGUCAAGUUGUACUUUGUUUCCUCUGCUUAGAUAUUUUUUAACUUGCAGGCUUGUGGGAAACAACUUUCAUAAAUAGAAAUAUUUUCUAAAGGCUGUGGGUCAAUCUUUGAGGAAGCAGUCUGCUCUUUAUUUACCAGCUUUUCUGUAUAUGGAGAACAUGCAGGACAUUUAAACAGAAUGUAUUAAUUUUGUAUAUAUUAGGUAUAGUACAUCAUUGAUAAUCAGUGGAGAAGACAAGGGAAAGGGGGCUCUCUUUAAAAGCACAGUAAAUAUGUACUGGAUCAGUCUCCUAAGACUGGUAGUUUAUCAAAAUUGGGUUCAGUUUUUGAACCACUCAGAAUACCUCAUAUGUAGAUAGAGUUGUCAUGACUUAAUCGAAAUGCAUCCAGUGUUGGGUUUUUAUUUUCUUUUUAAGGAGCCACUGGCUGGCUCAUGUCUUCAGGCCUGACAUUCUUGCCUCUUUUUGUAACUUUUUUUUUAAGUAGAGUUUACAGCUAGAAUUUUGAAUGCCAAAGUUCUAUUUAUUAAAUAAUAAAGUUUUCAUUGUUAAUUACUAGUAUUUUUUCCACUCUGUUUGUUUGUUUGAUGUUUGGAUUUGUAUCU